AUGUCAAAACGGACGCCCAUUCCCAAAUUUACAGAAGGAGAAUAAACUCCCACAAAAUAAAUUUCAUUAUAUGAGGAAAUUAGCCAUUAAAUUAGCAAAAUGGAUCUAAACAUGGAGAUUGAGAAGCAAUGUGUUUAAAUUUUGUCUUCGAUUUAAAUACCCAACUCAUCCUAGUAUGCCUAAGCGCUAAUCCAUAUCGCAAUGAAGCAACUGAAUCUUGAGCCUGCAUUUGCUAACUCUAAGAUUUAGUUUUUAUCUUCUUUGAUUGAGACCCAACUGAACAAUAAUCUACCUAACUUAUGCAAGAAACUUAAAAUGGACAAUAAGGCCACGAAGGCUUGUCAAAUAAUGCUGAAUACAAUUAGAUAGUUGGUGAACAAACUGCCAAAGUAAAUUUAGAAUGCGUUGGCAAUAAAGUUGGCUUCUGAUAUCAUUUAUUCACAAUAUGGUGGUAUCAAUUUAACCGUCAUAUCGAAACAUGCAUAAAUACCAGAUGCACAAUUGAGGAGUUGUCUCAACCGAGUCAAGCCCUUCGCCAGAACCAUUCUCCAAAAUUACUUAAGCCACUUUAGCACAAAAAAACAACAAUGA